AUGCUGCACCUUCACGCAUUCUAUAACUCUAGUAUGAGCUGUAAAAAAACAAAAUGCUGUGGUCCUGGAUAUGCAAGUCCUGCGGAGGCUAUGAAAGCGCCAAGAGAAAAGGUACUUUUUGUGACAUGUCCCCAUGCCAACGGCUCUGGCAAUGACAUGCUAGCCGCCAUAGACGUAGAUCCUGAUAGCGAGACGUUUUGCCAGAUUUUGUCCAAAGCCGUAUUUCCACACAAUGGUGAUGAAGUUCACCAUAGCGGAUGGAAUGCUUGCUCUUCAUGCUAUGACAAACCUUCAGCUAAACGAACACACAUAAUAUUGCCAUGCCUGAACUCGGAUCGCAUCUACAUCGUCGAUGUCGAAGAUGAAAGGAAUAUUCGGAUUGAAAAGAUAAUCGAACCAGAAGAACUUCACAAGUACAAUGUUUCAUUCCCGCAUACAUCUCAUUGCCUUGCUGAUGGAAAUAUUAUGAUUAGCACAUUAGGAGAUGCAGAAGGAAACGGAAAAGGAAAUUUCCUCCUACUCGAUGGAAAUACCUUUAAGCCAAAGGGCUGUUGGUUAGAAGAAGAGAAAAGCUUACCUUUCAACUACGACUACUGGUACCAGCCUCGUCGUGACGUCAUGAUCUCAUCGGAGUGGGGUAGCCCAAAAGUGAUCAAAAAUGGCUUCAGUGUUGAAGAUGUGGCAAAAGGCGAUUACGGUCACUGUCUGCACGUGUUCGAUUGGUCAACACAUGAAAAAUUGCAGACAAUCGAAUUGCCAAUGAGCGAUGGGGCUCUUCCUCUUGAAGUUAGAUUCAAACACGAGCCCACUAGCCCCUAUGCAUUUGUGGGUAGCGCUCUAGGCUCGUGCGUCUUCUUGCUCAAACCAGAGACUGAGGGUGAUAACUUUUCUUAUGUGGCAGAGUGUGUCGCGAAAAUUCCACCAAAGCAGGUCGAAGGAUGGAUCCUUCCAGAAAUGCCUUCCCUAAUCACAGAUAUUCUCAUUUCUAUGGACGAUCGCUUUCUAUACAUAUCUAACUGGCUUCAUGGUGAUAUACGACAAUACGACAUCAGUGACCCAGAAAAUAUUCGACUUGCAGGACAGAUAUUUGUGGGCGGUAGCAUUCAUGAAGAAAGUGGAAUAAAAAUCCUUAGGGAUGAAGAGCUUGAGAAACCCCCACCAGCUUGUUAUGUCAAAGGAAAACGUAUUGAAGGAGGUCCACAAAUGUUGCAACUUAGCUUGGAUGGACGAAGACUCUAUGUGACCACGUCACUUUAUCGAAAAUGGGAUGAACAAUUCUAUCCAAAAAUGACAGAAACGGGUGCAAAGAUGCUGCUCAUAGAUGUGGACGAAAAUGGUUCUAUGACGCUUAACGAAAACUUUUUGUUCGAUUUUGGUGACAUCGAAGGCGGCCCAUAUCUUGGACAUGAAAUGCGCUAUCCAGGAGGAGAUUGCACAUCGGACAUCUGGAUAUAGAAUUUUUCAUUUUACUUGCAUGUCAUUUGAUAGAAAUCAGUUAUUCUACCUCGCUAUUGCUGCUUUAUUCAGAC